GUUUGUUAACCUGAUGUAUGACGUUGAUUAGUGUAUUGCCUAACAAACUGGAGGGGAGAUUGUGUUCCAUUUCCUGUAGCCCAGUAUAAAUCUUGCAGUGAACAGUCCUACUUUUUGCCUCAAUCUUUAUUAGCAAGUUUUUGUCAGUAUGAUUGAACCUUGAACUCAUUUCAUAAUCUCAUUUUGUUAUCAUAAAAAAAAAAUCCAGCAUCAAAUUAUACGUAAACUCAAUUUGCCCCUUAAAAAAACAAAGACUUAAGGAUGGAAGAACCACUUUUUAUUGGGGUCGAUGUCGGCACUGGCAGUACUCGAGCAGCUCUUGUUAACUUGAAUGGUAAAAUCUUAAAACAAGCAUGCCGACCUAUACAGAUUUGGACUCCGACGCCGAACUACUUCCAACAAUCUUCACAAGAUAUAUGGAAGGCUUGUUGUCACACAAUCAAGGAAAUAACAAAAGACAUUGAUCCAAAAUGCAUAAAAGGAAUUGGCUUUGAUGCUACCUGCUCUUUGGCAGUAGUUGACAAGAAUGGUGACCCAGUUUCAAUUAGCCCAAAAGGUGAGAAAGAUCAAAAUGUCAUCAUGUGGAUGGACCACAGAGCCAAGAAGGAAGCAGAUUUUAUUAAUUUAACCAAGCAUCGCGUUUUGGAGAGUGUCGGAGGCAAGGUCUCGUUGGAAAUGGAAAUUCCUAAACUUCUAUGGCUCAAGAAAAAUUGUAAGAAGUGCUGGGAGGAAGCCGAUUUGUUUUUGGACCUACCAGAUUUUCUUACAUGGAAGGCAACUGGCUCCCAAUCGAGGUCACUUUGUUCAGUCGUUUGUAAAUGGAUGUAUGAAGCCACACCGACAGAAAAAGGCAGAUGGAACAAGGAAUUUUUUGAUGAAAUUGGUCUUUCUGAUCUAUGCGAUAAUGAUUUCUAUAGAAUAGGCCAGGUAAUAAAAACACCUGGUGAACCUUGUGAAGAUGGCUUGAGUAAAAAUAUAGCAGAAGAGCUCAAUCUAAUUCCUGGAAUUGCAGUCGGAACAUCCAUCAUCGAUGCUCAUGCUGGUGGACUUGGUCUUAUUGGAUGCAAAGUUGACAAUAACCCUAUUGACUUAACAACCCGCCUAUCUCUUAUAUGUGGGACAUCCACUUGCCACAUGGCUGUGAACAAGACAAGAUUAUUUGUGCAAGGUGUAUGGGGUCCUUAUUACAGUGCAAUGAUCCCUGGGCUUUGGUUGAAUGAAGCUGGCCAAAGCGCCACUGGGAAACUAAUAGACCACAUCAUAGAUUCUCAUCCUGCUACUGCAAAAAUGAAAGAAAAAUUACAAUCCGGGACAAGAAUCAUAGAUCAUCUGAACGCUCUGGUUAAAGAAUUGGCAGCAAAGUCAAAUAAAAGUUUUGACUCCUUAACUGAAAAUAUUCACAUUUGGCCUGAUUUUCAUGGAAAUAGGUCUCCAAUAGCAGAUCCAACACUAAAAGGGAUGAUUUCUGGUAUUGAUUUAGGCAAUGAUGAAGAAAACUUAGUUUUACUGUAUCUUGCAACUGUACAAGCUGUUGGGUAUGGAACAAGACAUAUAAUGGAAGUAAUGCAAGAAAAAGGAUACAUCUUUGAUUCAAUUCUCGCAUGUGGUGGGCUCAGCAAGAAUGAGCUCUUCCUUAAAAGUCAGGCAAACAUUGUCAGCAAAUCAGUACUGAUACCCGAAGAGGCAGAGUCGGUUUUGAUCGGUGCAGCAAUUCUCGGAGCCACGGCCUCUGGUGUCUUCAAUGACGUUGAAGAGGCUGCUAAGAGCAUGGGAGGAAAAGCUAUUACUGUUGAACCCUGUUUAGAAGUUUCUAGAUAUCACAACAAGAAGUACAAAGUUUUUAAAAAGAUGCUCGAUCACCAACUCCUAUACCAGAACAUUAUGCAAGAGGAAUAAUUUAUUUAUUUUUUAAAAUAAUAUUUUUCAUAAUUAUUGUUACCAGAUGGAUUUUUCUAUGAAUCUCAUUUUACAAAAUUUGUUAUGCAGUAAAAAUUUUGUUAAUACUUUUCACUCUAAAUUAAUUGAAAUUAAGAUGUUUAACGUCUCAUGAACUAUUAUUAUAAAAAGUACUGAGCCACUUGUACAGGUAAACUUCACCAAGGUAAAGCGUUUCCUUUGAAUAAAAAAAUUAAUUUGCAAACAUUAAGUGACAAGUUCUGCUCAUUCAGUGUCUUUGUUAAAUACAUAUUUUGGAGCAAUAAAAUCUGGUUUAUACAAUUCA